AUACCCUCUUUUAAUCUUCAUAACAUGACAUAAAGGGACUUUGAUCGUCUAGAGGGGGUCCGUCUAGAGGACGAGUCAAACUUGGGACAAGUUUGGAUGAAUUUACGUAACUUGUCCCAAGUAUAUCUUUAGCAAAAGUGUAGCUUCGGACCAGUCAAAAAGCUACAGAAGUAUUGCACAUGACUGACCUUGCUACUUUAUAAGAAAAUGAGGACUUUGCAGUUGAACUGCUUUCCAAGGAUAUGGUGUACUGAUAGCAGGCUCACACGUAACAUACAAUACCGUCUAUACGCUACUAGGCCCACGCAUCGACACACACAUAACCGCCAAUACGCUACUAGGCCCAAGCAUCGACACACACGAAACACUUACUUUUAUGAUGUCUUAGGCGUUCCAUCCAGCUCCAGUCAGUCGCAAAUCAAGAAUGCCUACAUUGAGCUUACGAAAAAGCAUCAUCCGGAUGUUAGUGGAAGUGAAGAUUCAAGAGUGAAGUUUCAAUUAGUAGCUGAUGCGUACAAUGUUCUGGGGAACAUCCACUCAAGGAGAAUGUACGAUCGAGGGCUGGUAUCAGGAGCUCGCCAGCAAUCUCAACCAGAAAAGGAGGAGUUUGAUCCAUUUGCCUUGCCAGUUAAACCCGUUCAGACCGUUUUAGACAAAAUUACAAUGGAAAGUUAUAGGGCAAUAACGGAAAAAAGGAUCUUACAUUCAAGAGCACAAGCUCGUCAAAAGAAAAAGGUAGAAGAGGAGAAAAUUAUUUAUAAACAUAAAGUAAUAAAAGAGAACAACAAGGAAGUGUACGGACUGUUUAUAUUGCUGUCAAUUGUAGCAUUUGGAGUUUUUGGUUUAGAAAAAUAUUGGCAUCCUUCGAGUCAACAGGAAAAUAACAAAAAAGGAUACCAUUAAUACACAGUAAAUGUAGUAUUGUAACAGUUAAUUCAAAUUUUAUAUUAAAUUAAGUUUUCAACAAUGCAUGAUUUUAUUUUUCAGAAUAUUUGUAUUAUAAGACUUUAAAUACAGUGGGGCUUACAUGACCAGACAGAUCUUUGAUUAUUAACAAUGUUUACAUAUUUUCUUGAGAGAAUGAAGAUUGUUAUGCCCUUAAUCAAUAUCACAAUAAAUUUCAUUUUCAUAGCCAA